CUUUUCAUAAGAGCUGACACGAACUAAAGGGAAGUCGUUGCUCGUCCCUCUGAGAAUUCAAUUCUUCGAACAGUUCAAAGAUUAAGCAACGAAAGGAACCUUUCCAAUAUGGUACGUUUUUUUAUUUACCUUUUUUUUAUGAGUGCUGGUUCUUCAGGAUCACAAUUUGCAUUACAUCAGCAAAGCCUGAAAAGCGCAAUAAAUCAGUGGAUUUCCUUAAUUACCAUUUUAAGUAGCAGACAUCGUAGUAAAGGAAAAUAGUUGUAAAAAAAUAGAAUGUAACCUGUUCUAGGCGCUAAGUUUGAAGGACGAGCAAAAAUGCCUGUAAAUUAUGUAAACUUAAAGGAUAAAUGGUAUAACAUACCUUUCGAAACAAAUUAAACUGUGAGGCAUACUCCACCCUUGAUUACUACAUUUGCUGUGGUAUCGAAAGUACGAUCCUAUGCCAGUUCUUAGUAUUAUUCUUGUUUCAUUUUAUUAUUUCAUUCCAGCGUGAGUGUAUUUCAAUACAUAUCGGUCAGGCUGGAUGUCAGAUGGGGAAUGCUUGCUGGGAGCUGUACUGCUUGGAGCACGGGAUCCAGCCCGAUGGACUGAUGCCAAGUGAUCAGACUAUCGGGGGAGGAGACGAUUCAUUUAAUUCGUUUUUCAGCGAAACUGGAUCAGGAAAACACGUCCCAAGGGCAAUAUUUGUCGAUCUGGAGCCUACUGUGGUUGGUGCGUCAAAAUCAUGAUUUUGAAUUUUCCCUUCCGCGCUUCCUAACUAAUUUUAUUUCACUUUCUCUGCAACAGUUAUCUGAAACCAAAUAUUAAAUUUACAUUUUCUCAUUUAAAACGCAAGUUGCGUUGUAAGUGAGUGAAAGUUCUGCUAGUAAAAGGCCUCCUACGCUGACGACCUCAGUCUGGUUUAUGACAAAAAAGUGUUCUUUCAAUCGCGAAUCUUUCGUGAAAUGUUAAGAUUUCUGGCGCCCUCGAGAUGGAAAGCCUCCCCAGGUUCUAUGUUAUGAAAUUUUAUCUGAAGUCGUUCGGUAAAUGUUUAUGAUUUCGUUUUCGUGCGAUCAAUUAACUAAUUAUUUUGAUAUUUGCGCGCUUUAAUCGCAAGCUCUGACGGAUAUUAGAUUCUGAAUUUAAAAGUUGUUCACAAGAUCCUCCUACAAGUGAUAUUCUUUCCUUUAUUCAAAUUUUUGCUGAGAAAGAAAGAAAGAUUAUGUGACUUAGCCCAAUUUACCAUUAAAAUAUCAUAUCUAUGGUAAUCCGUGACAACUUGUGAGUUGUUACGUCUAUUUAAAAGUCACCACUUUGAGCACUCGCUAAAUCGAGAAAUAUUCUAACGCACAAUCUUUAACUACAAAAAGUUUUGGGCCAGAUUUAUUCUCGUGCAUCUCAUACCUUAAAAUUCGUAAAAAUCAUACGAAAUUACUCAGUGGUACAUGUAUAAAAAAUGUCCUAAUGGCGUGAGUUUCUCGGGAGACGGCACUUUCAAUUAAGAAUUUUUCACCCAUAAUUCAAUAGGCAAUUUCAGAGAGGCCUGAAGCUCCCUUUACAAAGAGAGUCUUAAUACAAAGCCUUUGAUGAAAAAAUCGUUCUAUCAUGCUGAUAAAACUAAUUUUCACAAGAAAGGUUUUACGAUUAGCCUUAUCGCGGAAAGUGAAGGUUAUAAGUGUUCAGAAAUGGUUUAUUCAACAGAAACAAAAUGUCUCAGGAUAACAAAAGCAAAUCACUGUGAGAAAACCCUUGACGCAGACUGAAAGCUCUGGGACAAACCCUAGGGUUGACUCGGUCUUAAGCUAAAAAAGCUAAAACAAGCCAUCCAUGAAAAACACGUCUUCGACAGUUAACGUGCAUGUAUGUAUAAUUGAGAGUUUAAGUUGAAAAAAUUCAUUUUUGGUUGGUAUUUACAACAUAUCAAUUUGACAUCAAGUGGAAAGUUGUCGCGUAAGUGAAAAAUGACGACAGACAUGUUGUCGGCCUUUUAAGUGUUCUUCAAGCUGAACGCUUUUAAAGAUCCAUAAAAGAUGCGCUAUCGCUAGCGUGGUUUGGCAGAACAUAAAAUUCAACACAUUUUGCUUUUAUUAAUUUCAUACUCGCUUCAGUUCCACUCAUAUGAAAAUUACUGAAUACCUCAUCUCUCCCUUUAUACAUCUCUAUACCAUUCGUCAUCUGUUUACAUCUCAUCACCUCGACUUUCGUACCUCAUCCGCCAUCCAUGUUACUCUCACCUCUUCAUUUUCCCAUUAUUCUGAGAAUUUCCUUGGGAAAACUCCACUUCACGGCUCUAAAAUACACUGGGUGUCCUACUCUAAUUCUAUGAUCACACUUUGACAUGAAUCCAUAUUUUUACCACACUAGGUAAACAUAAUUUAAGUAUUGGUAAAUCUCUCCCUCUCUCUACGCUCUCCCUACUGUAUCAUCGCCAGAUUUCUGCAUGCCGUCUUGAAAAAUUUAGCCUUUUGAAGGAUGGCAAUUUGCAAUUCGCGUAGAUCUUCUUUAAUCAGUCAUCCUCAUUCUUUUCAAGGUUAUCCCUUUGAUGUUGUGAAAACUAAUAUGUUGUGGUUUUCUUCGGGUUUGAGUUAAUUUUCUUGUAAAAGCAAACGCUUCGUGCUCUCUUGGCGUGUAUAGUACCUUUCAUUUAUCACUACGUACAUCUUUCUUCGAUCCUUGUACAGAUGAGAUUCGUACGGGCACGUACCGUCAGCUUUUUAAUCCUGAACAACUCUUCACCGGGAAAGAAGAUGCCGCUAAUAACUAUGCACGCGGUCACUACACCGUUGGCAAACAGCAUGUCGAUCAAGUAUUGGAUAAAACCAGGGCAUUGGUAUAUAAUUAUUUUUUAAUGAUAUCUGAUUUAUUUUAGUGUGAUGAUAUCUGAUUUUGUUUCAAAAAAACACGUUACUAUGCCUUUUUUCGUUUAUUUCAUCUUUUAUAACAGUACCACGGCGAAAGGUCAUUGGAGUGAAAAUUUAAUCAACUGAAUUCGAAUACAUUUUGAGAACAUUAAAAGAAAUACUGGAAAGAAUGAGAAAACAAAAGCUUAAAUUGAAGUAGAACAACUCUUUUUCAAGUCAAUAACAAAUUUUUAUAGCCAAUCAUUUCCUAUUGUAUCACUUUUAAUAUUUAAACAUUGACCAUUUCUGCCACCGAAAAUUAUCCUUUUUUUUCUUGAUAUUAUUUUUUUUUCCACUUCUCUACAUGGGUCUUCAGGCCGAUCAGUGCUGUGGUCUACAAGGCUUUUUAGUCUUUCACUCCUUCGGGGGAGGCACAGGAUCUGGUUUUACCUCCCUUCUCAUGGAGCGCCUCUCUGUCGAGUACGGCAAGAAAUCAAAACUACAAUUUUGUAUCUAUCCAGCACCUCAAGUAUCCACAGCCGUAGUCGAGCCUUAUAACGCCAUUCUCACCACCCACACCUCCCUUGAGCACACGGACUGCGCAUUUAUGGUUGAUAACGAGGCUAUUUAUGACAUCUGUCGUAGGAACCUCGACAUCGAGCGGCCAAUGUAUUCCAAUCUGAAUCGUCUGAUUGGUCAGAUAGUAUCAUCAAUCACUGCCUCACUUCGCUUUGAUGGCGCAUUAAAUGUGGAUUUAAAUGAAUUUCAGGUUGGUAUGGGUUUCUACCUCGAGGAAGUGGUGAACAACAUUUUGACGAAUCGUAAGACAAAUUUAAGGAAGUAAGCUUGAGAUAAUCGGCCGAUAGUCCAUUUUAAAGUGGCAUGCUUCGUUACCAGCCUUUGAACAGAGUGAGGCGAAGGGUGACCUUGUUAAGAUACAAACGUUGCUGCUUUUCAAAUGUAAAUUACUCUCAAAUCAUGCUGGCAAGAUACUGGUCUCUCUCACGACAAAACCACCUUCAGCUUCACUCCAAAUCAAAGGCUUGGCAAUUAAGUAAACAACUGUAAAAUGGCCUGUUAACUAAGCACAAAAUAAAAUGCGCUUGUAGAAGCUAUAACCAAAGAAUGCAAUUUAUAAUCAACCCAGGCUGGUGGGAUGCGACAAAAGAGUCUUUUUUUCGGUUUUUUGUUUUUUUAUCAUCUUCCAAGUGGUAUAAGUACGAUCACCCAAAGGAUAUUUGUAUGCGAUUCGCAUGGAGUGAAUUGGUUCCGCCGGUCACAAACAAUCGUAACACAGAAAAUACGAAGUAAGACUGUAUUUUGAUAAUUUUCAAAAUCAGUAUAGAGAACGAUGGAUGUCGGACGAUUGAACUAAGUGCAAGAAAUUUAUCUGGUCACUCAUCUGUAUAUACAGUCAUUUAUUUCUGAAUUUAUUUUUUAUCACUUUCAUUUUUAUCCUUUUUUUCUAGACUAACUUAGUGCCAUAUCCUCGGAUUCAUUUUCCUCUCGCAACCUAUGCUCCGGUUAUUUCUUCAGAGAAGGCUUAUCACGAGCAGUUAAGCGUUGCUGAGAUUACAAGUGCCUGCUUUGAAUCAGCCAAUCAGAUGGUGAAAUGUGACCCUCGUCUCGGCAAGUACAUGGCUUGCUGUUUGCUGUUUCGUGGCGAUGUGGUCCCUAAAGAUGUAAAUGCGGCCAUUGCUAGCAUCAAGACGAAGCGCACGAUUCAGUUUGUGGACUGGUGUCCCACGGGAUUCAAGGUCAGAGAGAUUCUUUACCUUUUGAGGAAAUUACACUUGCUCUUGCCAAUGUGUCGGUAACAAGAUCACAACUAAAAACUUGCAACCUAAAAUAUCCAAAAUAUUACACGAUGAUUAAAUAUAGGUAAUGUUGCUUUACGCUCCUUGAAGCUCGGAGAUGAUGCUAGUAAUUAAAUGCAUCAUUGUUCCAGAUCUCACCUGGAGCUCGUUUCUCGAAAGUCCUGAUAACUUUACGGAGCGCAAAUUACACAAAUGUUUGCCUUGAUAGUGAGGUCCAGAUAUGAUCUGCUCCAAUACGCAUGCGCAAUAUGAAUAAGGUUGCUCUUCUAAGACGCCCACUUAGUCGGAGACUGACAGCAAUUUCUUAGACAACUGUAAUCUAAUUUCAGUAAGAUAGACGAUCCUUGAAUCUCAGAAAUUUUUAUACAGUUUCUUUUUAACUAUGAAAAAAGAAGGUUAUUUUCUAUACCAUCAACGGUUUCUUUGUUGUGGUGAAAACAGGUUGGAAUCAACUACCAGCCUCCCACAGUUGUUCCUGGCGGUGACUUAGCAAAGGUUCAACGCGCGGUAUGUAUGUUAAGUAACACCACAGCCAUUGCAGAGGCCUGGGCCCGUCUGGAUCAUAAGUUUGAUCUGAUGUACGCCAAGCGCGCAUUUGUCCACUGGUAUGUGGGUGAGGGUAUGGAAGAAGGAGAGUUCUCUGAGGCUCGUGAAGAUUUGGCUGUCUUAGAGAAGGAUUAUGAGGAAGUUAGCUUGGAUACCCCUAAUGGAUUGGAAGAAGAUGAAGAAGAGUUUUAAUCAUUAAAUGAAAACUUGUAUACUCUGUUGUCUAGAAGGAACUUUCAUUUUUAAUAAAUUAAUGUUUGCUUCCCUUUUCUACGCCGCAGAGUUCCGACAAGUAUCAUGGAU